AUGUCUACUACUUUUCUUAAAGAUACUGAUGAAUCAAAAGAUGAUUGGACAGUCACUGUCAGAUUAUCUAGAUUGUCGGAAUGUAGGAAUUUCAGAAUGGGUGACGAACUUAUGAGCCUGGACAUGAUUUUUAUUGAUGAACAGAAAAAGAUUCUGAAUCAAGUUCCGAUUGAGAAGGAAAUGUUUGAGAAUAGAACAUCACUCCAACAUGUUACCAAUCUUGUGUGGCAUGAUGUUGAUGAGGUGAUGGAGUAUACAAUUAAGGCCAAGAUAAUUGAAGCUGAUGAUAGAUAUGGUUGGUGUUACAAUUCUUGCACCUAUUGCAAGAAGAAAAUCCCUGAUAUUAAUACCUAUUUAUAUUGUGAGAAAUGCAACAAAGAAUCAAAAUCUCCUCAGAUGAGAUACAAGGUGGAAAUGAGAGUGUCAGAUGGAACUGCCGAAGCAACUUUUAUAUUGUUUGAUACUGCAAGUAAUGGAGAACAUGGAUCACAAUCAUCGAUGUCAGACGUGAGUGAAUAUGAAAUACUGACACCAAAAAUCAAAGAUGUGUCUGGAAAAACGGUGGAAAGAGUUGAACCUGAUGAUGCUGAAAAUAGGAUAGACAAUUCUUGUAUAGACAUGUUAGACAGAUUGAAAGAGACGGAAAGAGGAAAUGAGAAGAAAGAAAGUGACGAUGAGAAUUUUAAAAGCAACAGUAGGAGUUACAAAAGCAAUCCAAGAAAAACGUUAAGGUCUCGAUAA